AUGUCUCCAAGCACAACAAAUCUCAAAGCUGUGACAGAAUUUAUCCUCACUGGAUAUUCUACCAAUGAAAAUAUGUACAUUUUGUACUCAGUGCUCUUCAUCUUGAUAUACUUCUUUGCACUAAUGGAAAACGUCCUCAUUAUCAUGAUCAUAACUUUGGACAAGCAUCUCUGCUCCCCCAUGUACUUCUUCCUGAAGAAUUUGUCCUUCUUGGAUCUCUGCCUAGUUACAUUCACAAUCCCCAAAUCCAUUGCCAACUCCUUGACUCACAGUAACUCCAUCUCAUUUCUUGGCUGUGUAGCCCAGGUGUUUCUGCUUAUAUUUUUAGCAACUGUAGAGCUGAAUCUCCUCAUCGUGAUGUUAUUUGACCGCUAUGCUGCCAUAUGCCACCCCCUGCACUACAAGGUCAUCAUGAAUGUGAAUAUGUGUGUUCAGUUGACAGACGUGUCCUGGCUGGGUGGGAGUCUGAUCGCCAUAAUGCACACAGCUGGUACCUUCUUCUUAUCCUACUGUGCUUCUAACGUGAUCCAUCAAUUUUUGUGUGAUAUCACACAGUUAUUGGCUAUUUCUUGCUCAGAAAACAUGAUAAGAGAGAUUGUACCUAUCCUCAUUAAUGUGGUAUUGGCUAUCUGCUGUUUUAUUUUCAUCAUUGUUUCCUAUGUCUACAUCUUCUCCACUGUCAAGAAAAUGCCAUCAACAGAACGUCAGUCAAAAGCGUUCUCCACUUGCCUUCCACAUCUGAUUGUGAUUAUGUUAUUUCUCUCCACUGGUUUCUCUGCUUAUCUAAGACCGUUUUCACAGGCCCCUUCCAUUUUUGACCUUGUCAUUUCUAUGUUCUACACCAUGGCUGCCCCAACCUUUAAUUCCAUGAUAUAUAGUCCAAGAAAUAAUGCCAUAAAAAAGUCUCUGGGAAUGUUGCUGAAGGGACUAUUCACCCAAAAUCAUUAG